GGUUUAACCACGCGGUGCUUUGCUAGCGAACAUAGAACCGAAACAUUGAAGCUCUUUAGACCAAUUUUCUGUAUAUUACUCAUAGUGUUUUGAACAUAAUUCUGUUUACCUAUCGACUGGUUAAUUUACACGUAUUUGCUUGUUAAAUUAGCAAAUGUGUUACAUUGAUACUGCACUAGGCUAAUUGUCCGGAGCAUAAACUCACUAAUCUAGACGGAGAAAGAAACUGGUGAAAGGAGAGGAAGAAGUUUCAAGAAUGAAAAAGGAGGCUAUCACAUUGAAACAAGAGGAUGAUAUUACAGUGAAAGAGGAAUAUGGGAAAGAGGUUGUCAAAGUGGAAAAAGAGGUAGAAGCUUUCAGAAUCAAAAAGGAGGAAGAUGCCGUAAAAUUUAAAGAAGAGGAAGAACCUUUUGGAGUAAAGGAGGAUAUCUCAAUAAAAGAGGAGACUGAAGUUCCGAUUACCACCAGAGAGAGACAUGACUAUUGUGGAUCCUCUGGGGAGCCUCAACAACAUCCUGAUGCUGACGAGGCAGAGAAGAGUCUCUGCAGAUCAGAACACCAGAUGGACAACGCUAGCCCUUCCUCCCUCCCGGAGUCCCCGUGUCGUGCCUCUCCCAGUAGCGCCUUACUGCUGGGUAUGAAGAGGUUGUCUGUGCAGCUGGUGGACUGCAGGAAAACAAUGGGGCAGAGUGGAACUGUGAGAGGAAGAGAAAAGAAGAAAGGAUCAGAUUUGACUCAGCAAAUGCCAGGGACUCGGAUGAACAAUGGGAACCCACAAUGUCAAGGUGUUCAUCCCCCACUAAUUCAGACGCUGAAGCUGGUUCAUCCAGCUGGACCCCUGCUGUCUCCGGCUCCACACCUUCCCCCGCCCGGCCAUCUAGAGGUGUGAAGAGGCCAGUCCAGAAGCGGAGGAGGGCCAGUGAACCAGCGGCAACUACCACCGAGGCAGAGGACUGCUGGCACACUGUGCUAGAAGAGGAUGUGGAGCCACUUCCACCAACAUUUAGACCGAAAAGGCAGCCAGGACCUCAGCUAGACAUGACUGCAAAGUACAGCCCCCUUCAUCUUUUCCAGAUGUUUUUCUCCUUGUCAGUUCUUGAUUCGCUGGUGUCUAACACCAACAAGUAUGGGGCUAAGAAACAAGCAGGCAAGAAAGAGGCAUGGAAGCCCAUUUCCAUCCAAGACCUGUACUGUUACAUCUCACUGGUUAUUUACAUGGGGCUUGUGAAGUUCGAAAACCUGAAGGACUACUGGAGAACGUCAACACUCUACCAACUGCCUUUCCCCACCACUGUCAUGUCUUGUAAAAGGUUUCUGACUAUCUCGCAGGCGCUUCAUAUCAGUGACCCACAAGUUGAUGAGGACAAUGACCAGAAGAGAGGCACAGCAAGCUUUGAUAGGCUCUGCAAAAUCAAACCUCUCUACCCCAGCAUGGUUGAGGCCUGCAAGACCCAUUUUCAGCCCAACCAGAACCUGUCCAUAGAUGAGAGGAUGGCAGCCUCAAAGGCUAGAAUUGGCCUCAAACAAUAUAUGUGUAACACGCCGACAAAAUGGGGGUACAAACUGUUUGUUUUGGCCGAUUCUGUGUGUGCCUACACUUGGAAUUUUUUGUUUAUGAGGGGAAAUCCAUCUCAGACACCGGUAAGGGACUUAGUUAUGAUUCCGUUAUGGAAUUAUUGGAUUUUCAACUGCUGGGGAAGGGCUACAAACUGUUUGUGGACAACUUCUACACAAGCCCUACCCUGUUUACAGAUCUGAGGAAGCUGGAUGUGUGGGCUUGUGGCACCAUUCGUCCCAACAGAGUGGGUUUUCCCAAAACAAAAGUGAACGACAUGCCUAAGAGGACAGAUAGGGGUACCAUGCGAUGGAUUCGUAAGGAUGACCUGCUCUUUGUAAAGUGGAUGGAUACCAGAGAGGUGGUCAUGUGCACCACUAUCCACAAGUCGUACAGUGGCGAUCACGUCGUCAGGCGUGUGAAGGACACUAAUGGGGCACGGACCACUAAAAAUGUCCCCAUUCCAGCUGCUGUGAAGGACUACAACAAGAGCAUGGGAGGUGUGGACCUGUCAAACGCUCUGAUAGGCUACAACAAUGUUCUCCACAAGACAAUGAAAUGGUACAGGACAUUGUUCUAUCACUUCAUCAACAUUGCUGUGGUGAAUGCAUUCGUCCUCCAGAAGGAAAUGGCUAAGAGCUCUGGACAGACCCCCAUGACACAGCUAGCCUUCAGAAAGUUGCUCAUCCAGGAGCUUGCUGGCUACGGCACAAAGUUCACUGCAGCACCUUCUGUCCCCUCUACCUCUGUCCCUUCUGCUCCUGCCACCAGUGGUGUUCACAUGCCAACAUUCAUAACUGCAGGCAUGAAUGUGCCUCAGGGCCAAAAGGGCACAGCAUGGAGGCGUCGUUGUGUUCUUUGUCGCAUGAAGUCCCCCAUCACCUGCACGACUUGUUCGGUUUGCCUCUGCUUUACAGCAGAAAGAGACUGCUAUGGGACAUGGCAUCAGCAGGACAAUAUUGUGUAGAGGACUGAGGGUCUUCCAAGGGUUUACUCUUGUUUUUUUAAAACAUUUUUAUUUAAAAAAAUGGUGUGUUAGAAUAGCAUUUUGUUAUGUUGUGUGUAUAGUUAUUUGCAUAAAAAUGUAUCACUUCACCAAUUCGGCCACUUGGGUACAUUUGGGCAACUUGUGUGACUUCAUGCUAACUGUCAUGUUGCUCGCUCAUUCCUGAAGUUAUCAGUCUGACACUUUGUACAACUACUGUUGCCCUCUUAUGUUCUCCAUCUAAAUUAUCCCCAGCUUCCUAUCUGAAUGUUUGGCUGUUCAUGUGAAAGAUAAUGCAACAACAAUAAAAAAACAGAAAAUA